GCGGCCGUCUCCGAGAUCUCGCGAUAACUCGACGCUCCGAGCUACCUGUAGGGGGAAGAAUGGCCGCCUUCGUCGCACUGGCCGGAAAGGAGCUCAGCACGAGAGGCACGACGGGCCGUCGUAGCUGACCGAGAAGGGCGCGAAUCGCCGGGAGCCCCUCUCACCCGGUGCCCGUAUCGAAUGGGUAGAGAGGGGGGCCUACAGCAAAGUCAAAUUCGGAGGAGACGAGCUAACGCUCCAGCUCGGAACGAGGCUAGUCGCGCUAGCCGGCUAACAACACGGUUGUCCAUUAGCGCUCGGGGCUCCGAGCCCGCGGUAGCCGUGAGGAGCGCAAGACGAUCGGGCGUUUUUCCACCCAAGAGUCGCGGAGGCCAAAGUGGACAUGAGCGGACCUGGACGGGACAGCGAACCGGAGGCAAAAGUCCUUCUUAUCAAGCGCUUGUACAGAGCGGUGGUGGAAUCGGUGCACAAGCUGGACGUGAUCAUUGGCAGCAAGGCGUCGUACAGGGAGGUCUUCAAGCCGGAGAACAUCAGCCUGCGCAACAAACUGAGGGAGCUGUGCGUUAAACUGAUGUUUCUCCACCCUGUUGACUACGGCCGCAAGGCGGAGGAGUUGCUCUGGAGAAAGGUUUACUACGAAGUCAUCCAGGUCAUCAAGACCAACAAGAAGCACAUCCACAGCCGCAGCGUCCUGGAGUGCGCCUACCGCACGCACCUGAUCGCCGGCGUGGGCUUCUACCAGCACCUGCUGCUCUACAUCCAGUCGCAUUACCAGCUGGAGCUGCAGGACUGCAUCGACUGGACGCACGUCACCGACCCGCUCAUCGGUCGGAAGAAGGCGGUGUCUGCCUCCCCCAAGGAAAUGGAGUGCGCGCAGAUGGCCUGUCACCGCUGCCUGGUUUACCUCGGCGAUCUCGCUCGCUACCAGAACGAGCUGGCCGGCGUAGAAGCGGAGAAUCUGGCCGAGAGGUUCUAUCACCAGGCGCUCUCUGUCAUGCCGCACGUGGGGAUGCCUUUUAACCAGCUGGGGACACUAGCCGGAAGCAAGUUCUACAACGUGGAGGCAACCUACUACUACCUACGCUGCAUUCAAUCGGAGAGUCCCUUCGAGGGCGCCUACGGCAACCUGAAGCGCCUCUUCGACAAAGCGGCCAAGAUGUACCAGCAGGUGAAGAAGCAGGAGAUGAAGAAGCUGUCGCCGUCGCGCCAGAGAUCUCGAGACAUCAAGCGUCUCCUGGUGAGCUUCAUGUACCUGCAGAGUCUUCUGCAGCCCAAGAACAGCCUGAUGGAGUCUGAGGUGACCUCGCUAUGCCAGUCGGUGCUGGAGGACUUCAACCUGGUGCUCUUUUACCUCCCGUCGUCGUCACCGCCGCUCGGGGAGGAGGACGACGAGCAGCAGCAGCAGCAACAUGCCGCCGACGGCUGCGCCGCGCUGCCCGACGCGCUGGUCUUCAAGAUGGCGGUGACCUGCUUGAUGGCUGUGCACGGCCUCAAGAGAGGAGGGUCCAAGCAGUACAGCGCCUCCAUCGCCUUCACGCUGGCGCUCUUCUCCCAUCUGGUGAACCACGUCAACAUCCGGCUGCAGGCCGAGCUGGAGGAGGCCGAAAGCCCGGGCCCGUCCGUCCCCGACGUCGCAGACGAGCCGGACGAUGACGAGCGUCCCCUGCAGAACGGCUCGCUGGAGCGAGGGGACGAAGAGGAGGAAAACGGCGGCGCCAAAAAGAAGGACGACGAGGACAAGCCCAAGCAACAGAAGAAAAAGUACACCCGUUUGUCCCGCCUGCGACGACGGCGCAAAGACCGGGGCGGCGAGGACGAGAGCGACCUGAGCGAAGGCUUCGAGAGCGAAGACGACGAUGAGGACGAGGAGGAAGACGAGGCCCGGCCGGCUUUAGAGGAGUGCGUUCGCCCCUCGCCCGCCGCGCCGCCUGACCCGCGCGCCCUCCGCAAGGAAUGGGGGAGUGGCUCCGAGGAAGAGGAGGAGGACGGCGGCACGGCUUUCGACGCCGAGACCGACUCGGACAUGAACAGCCAAGAGUCCCGCUCGGACCUGGAAGACAUGGAGGAGGCGGAGGGCCGCCGACGGCGGGAUCCGCCCGCCCGGGAGGAGGAGGAGGGCGAGCGGACGCCCCCCGGCGCCAACGGGGACGCCAGCAUCAGCAGCAACCUCCAGGCCAUGUCCUCGCAACUCUUCCAGGCCAAGCGCUGCUUCCGCCUGGCGCCCACCUUCAGCAACAUGCUGCCCAGGCCUCAAGACGGCGCUCGGCACCCUACCGCGGCCGCCGCAACUAUCGAGCCUCUCACUGCCGCCGCCGACAACGACCGGCCACCCUGCAACGUCGAUGGAAGCGCCCCCAACGGUACCAAUGAGAACGAAACGGAGUCUGACUCGGAGGGCAGCCGGCGCGACGCUCCGUCGCCACCGCCGCCGCAGAGCGAGAAGACGCUCCCGGAGAAGCUGGAGAUCCUGAGCCGCCAGGGCUUAAUCCGGGUGGUCAAGGUCUUCGCCGACUGGCUGGGCACUAACGCUGACAUCGUCCUGGCGUGCGCGCAGAGUUCCCAGAGCCUGUGGAACCGCCUAUCGGUGCUCCUUAACCUCCUGCCGGACGGGAAGAAGAUGCUGGAAGCGGCCGGCCAGUCCCGCGGCUCGGCCGACCCGGAGCUGACGCGGCUGCUGAUGGGCGAGUGCGAGCGCGAGCAAGAACGCGAGCGGCCCGCCCGGGUCCAGACGCUGCCGCUGCCCGAGGACGUAGCGCUGCGGCAUCUGCCCGCCCUGGCCGCCGCUCACCGCCGCCUGGACUUUGCCCGCCGCGCCGCCUCCCUCAGCCCGCUGCAAGAGUGUGUGGUGCGCGUGUGUUGCAUUCGCAGUUUUGGCCACUUCCUCACCAGUCUCCAGUGCAACGUGCUGCACUUCAACUCUGAGGCGGGCAUCUUCACCAGCGUCAGCCAGUCGCAGCCGGACAACCUGAUGCAGCAGGCCAAGGCCCAGUUCCGAAUGGCUGAAGAGGAGGCGCGUCGAAAUCGCUUGAUGCGUGACAUGGCUCAGCUUCGUCUCCAGCUGGAGGUGUCGCAGCUAGAGGGCAGCCUUCAGCACCCCAAGGCGCAGUCGGCCAUGUCGCCCUACCUGGUGCCCGACGACGCCGCCCUCUGCCAGCACUUGGGCGUCAUCCGACACCUGGUGGCUAGUGGCUGCUUCAUCAUCAUCAUCCCCAGAACAGUAAUCGACGGACUGGACCGACUGAAGAAGGAAAACGCCGGCGCGCGUGACGGCAUCCGCUUCCUGGAGUCAGAGUUUCGGAAAGGCAACAGGUACAUCCGCAGCCACAAGGAGACGGGCCGAAGUUUCGAAAGGGAUAAGCUAAAACGUCAGGACCUGGACGCCUGGCACCUGUACAAGAUGGUGGACAGCUGCCGCCAGCUGACCGUCUCCCAAAGCAAUGACGACGACACGGCCGGCAUGGUCACGCUCCUCACCGGGCACCCGCUGGACGACUUGUGCGGACGUUCCGCCGCCAUGAAGUCAGCCAUGCAGGCGGUGAGCUCGGCGGGCAUGGAACUGAAAAACGUGGCGGACUUCUACCGUCAAUGGAAGGAAAUGGGCUGAGGACGGACGGGGACGCCGGCCGGCUAUCUCUCUUUCUCUCAUUUUCUCUCUCUCCCCUCUUUUUGCCACGUGUGUAUCUGCGUCUCCUACAAAGUCCCCCCCCCCGCCCCCUGAAAAUAACCUCCGAAUGAAGCCGGACGGGCGGAAAAGAGCUUAUUCGGGGAGCGGAAAGGCGACGCCGGUCGGUCAAUUCUUCCCUCGAAGGGGGGUGACGUGGGGCGGGAGCUCCCGUUCGGGAGACGAGACGCACGCACGUGAAGCAAAAACAGAAAAAAAAAUACACACACAAGAAGUGAUGUCAUAUGGGUGGCGCUGGGGUCCCGCACGGGAGGGUGGCGGCCAUUUUGGAGAGGAAAGCAAAGCUAAAAAAAUUCAAGCACAAUCAGCAUCAAAAGUAAGUGUCGGGCUGAGAUGGGCAUUUGAAAAUAUAUUUGUCCUUUUUUUUAAAUAAACUCUUUCAUGGCGUUUGUCGUCCAAUCAAUUUGGAGCGGAGCGAUGUUGAUUCGCUGCCAGCGCCUACUGGUUCGAAUGGAUCGGACGUCAAUGGCGGUGAAUGAAUCCCGUAAUGUUCCUGGGAGAGUUGGGCAAUUUCACAAUAAAGAAAAUAAAUGCGCGGGAACAUCCUGUUGAGUAUUUUGGGGGCACGGAUCAAAUGUGUUUUGCUGUGGCGGAAAGAUGGCAUUUUUGCAAAAAAAAAAAAAAAAGACGGUGUGUGAAAUCAUUAUAAACAUGGUUGUCAUGGGAGUACCUUGGACAUGACUGCGUUAGAAAGUCAUUUUUUUUCUAAUUCGUAUUUAAAAAAAAAAAAAAAAAGUAAUAAUUUCUGUAAAAUGUGAUUUUUUUUGAAAAAUUGAUUUUUCUAAAAUUGUCCUCAAAAUCUAAAACCAUCCAUUUUUUUCCCCGAAGUGUUUUUUUUUUUUUUCGCCAAAAACUUUUUGAAAAGUAAUUCUGUAAAAAAUUAAAAUUGUGAUUUUUUUUUUUUUUUUUUUUUUUUUUUUUUUUUCCCCGCCAACAUUUUUUUCUGAGAAUUGGAUGGACUUCAGAAAUACCACUUUUCCCCCCUCAAUUGGAUUUCAUGGUUUGAAAAAAACAAAAAACGUUUGUUUAAAAUCUUUACAAAAAACAUGAUUUAUCCAUAUUUUUGGGAAAAAAAAAAAAAAAUCUGACUUUCUAUACCAAGUCAUUUUAGCUGAUAUUCACCCCGUCUGAUAAAAACGUUUCUUCCCAAAGAAAUCUAAAACUUUUUUUUUUUCUUUUCUUAUUUUCCUUAACCCUCCUUCCAUCUGAUCAUUAAAUUUGAGUUUGGUACCAACAAUAAAAACCAACAAAAUUAAACAAAAAAACUCGCAUUUUAGGUUCAUUGUGAAAUUUCCCGCCAUUGCCCAACACCGUUUUUGUUGUUUGUCCCUUGUCUUGCGGUAAACAAAAAACCUGACAACAUUACUGCUGUGUCGAAGUUAAUGUUUUUUUUUUGUAACAACCCCCCCAUUUGUUUUUUUAAAUUUUUGGAUGCAAUUAUGUGGAAGGGAAAGGCCUUUUAUUCAUCACUUGAAAAGAGGAAUGUGGCUCCUCCGGCCCGCCAAGCAAAAUGUAUCCUGUCUGCGCGUCGGUCUCCAUUUUGGUGAGCGUCCAAAUCACACGCAAAAAAGACAAACUGCCUCUGUGUUUGGGUGGGUGGUUGGACAGACAUCUUUGAACAACAAUAAAAAAAUUCAACAUUGUAAUAGUCAUGGACCUUUUUCUUUCAUUUAAAUAUAUACUCAAACCAGUUUUGAGGGGAAAAAAAACGACAUGAACCUGUUUGAGAAAUCGGCUUUUAUGUUGAAAUCCAGCAAUGGGAAAUUGCAACAUUUCUGAGCGAGCCACUUGGAGAGCCUCACGAAAUGAAAACUCAAUGUUUUGAAAUAAGGGAACA